AUGUCUACAGAUUAUUCCUUUUCAAGCCCUUUCCAGCAUGAUGAUCCUUAUUUCCAGCAGCAUCAGACUCCUCGUUUUCAGAAUUCCUCGAUUCCUAGUGGAUCCAGCAAAGCACCAAAUUAUUCAGAUCAUGAUCACCACUCAACAGACCGUCACUCAUGGAAUGAUCCCUCCGGCAGCUCGAGUGCAUAUAUGCACUUGAAUCAUCGUAUACAAUCCUUAGAAUGUGAGAUACAGCGCUUGAAGGUCGAAAACAGCUCCCUCUCUGCUACACGUGACACAUAUGAAGCAGCCUUCAACACCCUUGCCGCAUCGAUUUCCUCGGAAGUUCCGGCCAUUUCAUCUUUUACAGGGCUAACUAUCAACAGCGAUGUCAAAUCCAAACCUUCUUGCACCAUUCCUGGUAUGAAAUCACGGCUCCAGCCACUCGACCGGAAAGACUACCCAAAGACUCGAUUUUGGACUGAAGACAUGUAUACCAAAUGGACGAAAACCCCUGCAUCUCAAUGGGUCCAUGAGAAUCGUGCUGCUUUCCCAUUCCCAUUCCUUGAAGACACGGAUGGCAAACUCAUUGUGAAAGCCGAAGUAUCGAACAUCCUCAAGACAUUGCGAAACAUCUGGCACACGCUGCUCAACAACAACUGUGCUCCUGACACAUGGGGUCAUGCAGGGACCGAUGUAUUGGACAAUGUUACAGAUGAGAUGACGAGGCAUCACCCAGUUCUGGCACUUUGCAGCAAUGGAUGGAAGGUCCAGGCUAUCGCUACUGAACGUUAUCCCUCAUGGGCGUCAACACACAUCAAGAAGAGGAAGAAAUCUUCAGAUGCCAUUGCAGUGUCCUCUGGUACCAAGCGAAAAAUUACGAAACUCAGUAAUACACCAUCUGAUUCGGAGCCACCUGCUGACCUGAGCUCCCCAACCCCCUCCAACGAGCCCGAUCACCCAGCGAAACGGCCAAAGGUCGAUGAAGCAUCGAUGACACCACUGGCAGCACCUGAUCCAACUGUCAGCAUGACCAUGGCCACCACCCUACCAACAAUUCCGAUAGCUUCAGGCCAUUCUCUAUCCGAAUCUGGGUCUGAACAUGUGCCAGACUCGAUGACACUGUUGGCAACACCUGAUCUAACUGUCAGCAUGACCAUGGGCGCCACCCUACCGACAAGUCCGAUAGCUUCAGGCCAUCCUCUGUCCAAGCCCAGGUCCGAACGUGUCCCAGACUCAAUGACACCGCUGGCAACACUUAAUCCAAUUGUCAGCACGACCAUGGCCACCACCUUACCAACAAGUCUGACAGAUUCAGGCCAUCCUCUGUCCAAGCCCGGGUCUGAACGUGUCCCAGACUCGAUAACACCACUGGCAACACCUGAUCCGAUUGUCAGCACAACCAUGGCCACCACCCUACCGACAAGUCCGACAGAUUCAAGCCAUCCUCCGUCUGAGUCUGGGUCCGAACGUGUGCCAGACUCAAUGACACCACUGGCAGCACCUGAUCCGACUGUUAGCCGUCUUCCACAGAUAAAGAAUCCGCUCGCAAAACUCGUGUUAUCCAAGAAACCCAAUCCCUCGGCGUCUCCAGUUCUUGCACCUUCCACGAAUUCGGACCCUGGUCCAACCACGCCAACUGAGUUAUCGAUGGCUCCCAUAGCCAAGGAUGCCAUCUUACCAACACCAGGGCCCGUCGCUGGUACAACGGACAACAGUUCUGACACGAUGACAACUAAGAAAUUUCGGCCAACUGCAACAAAAAACGGAAGAAACCUCUGCGCACAUCGCUGGCUCAAGAUCAUUGCCCCGAAUGGCACAUCUGGCGACUUUAAACUGUACUGGAACGCACUGUCGAAAGACAGUCAACUGAACUACGAACGAGAGGCUGCGGCACUUGUCAAAGACGGGACGUGGACCGGGAAUACCGCCAGUACAAUUAACAAGUUCGUUGGAGGACCAAUACACUAG